GAAGACGACACACAAACAAAACAAAACAAAGUUCAUGCAGAUGCCUAAGCAUAAUUUGCUAAGUAAUCACGGCAAAGUGUAUAUACCGUUAUAAUAUAAUCAGAAAAUGUUGUGGUACGUGGCGUUGCUUCUGCUACUGGUCACCUAUGUGUCGCAAACGGAACCCGUAACUGUGGACUGCAACGAGCUGCUAAUGGGACAGUUUAUGUGUCCCGAUCCCGCCAAGAAUCACAUCGAUCCAAAGACUCAACAGCUACGUGGCUGUACAAAACAGAAUCGUGCACGUGUCUGGUGUAUAGCAGCCGUCGAUAUCAACUGCACCGAAACGGGCAACUCUACGUUUACACGCGAGAUGCCCUGCAAGUGGACCAAUGGCUAUCACUUGGACACAACAUUGCUGCUUUCCGUGUUCCUGGGCAUGUUCGGUGUGGAUCGUUUCUACUUGGGCUAUCCGGGCAUAGGACUCCUGAAAUUAUGCACACUCGGCGGCAUGUUUCUUGGUCAAUUGAUAGACAUCAUAUUGAUAGCGCUACAGGUGGUUGGACCUGCUGAUGGAUCGGCCUAUGUCAUACCUUACUAUGGAGCGGGCAUAAGCAUUGUGCGUAGCGAUAAUACGACGUACCGUUAUUGCAAUCAGCUCUAUUGCAUGCAGCAGUAAGUCAAUUGGGCACUGCUAGAGAUCAGACUAAAUACUAAGCAACGACUGUUGAAACCUAUUACUAAUUGUAGUUAUAAAUUUAGAUUGUUAGCUCAAAGAUUUGUUAUAUAUAAGUUAACUAUUGUAAAGACACAAAUGUAUAUAAACCUAAACAAAUUG